AUGGCGGCGCUGGCGUCCUUGAUGCUGAAGUCUCGCACAGGCCUGCUGCUCCCCAGUCAGUGCCUGCUGCUGGACUCCGUGAGAUCUGCUUCCAAAAAGGCCGGUGGCAGUAGUAAAAACUUGGGAGGGAAGAGCCCGGGGCGCAGAUACGGCUUUAAGAAACAAGAUGGCGACUUUGUCCAUUCUGGAAACAUCCUGGCCACACAGAGAAACUUGCGGUAUCACCCUGGAGCUCAUGUGGGCCUCGGCACCAACAACACCCUGUUUGCUCUGGAGGACGGUCUCGUGCGCUUCACUAAAGAGGUGUACGUCCCUCCCCCUUACAGCCCCGAGGCGCGGGACGUCCUGCCACGGCUCCCGAGGGGCUCUGUGCUCUACAAGACCUUCAUCAACGUGAUGCCGGUCAAGCAAGAGGGCAAGUUCAGACUGCUGGAGCUGCAGUAG